GUUUACACUCCUAGCAGUCAAACUGGAACAGCAUACAAUGAAUCCUCCCCCAAUAAUGAGACGACACUUCACUUUGAGGGUUAAGCAGGAACUGACUGUACUGGCACAUACAGCCUCUUUUAUUCCCAAUCCACAAAUUUAGUACUGCCCACAGGGUUUUACAGAACAACCAAUCAAUCUGUACAAUACACAAAGACACUCCCACACAAAAUCCUCCCCUCUGGCUGUGAUAUGAUUACUGAACACAAUGGGUAAUCUAAUUAUCACAGACAGAGAAAUACAGUUUCAUAAAACACAUCACAGGGACCCCAAAACAUGCAAUAACCCCAUAAAAAGUAUAUCCUUGGAACCGGGGGAUCCAAAAUUCACCCAGAUCCAUUCAGUACUUUGGAAGAUACAGUUUAAUGCAGACUCUGCAGAACAUAUACAGGCUAAAUGAAAAACAAUCAAUGUAUAAUGUGUCCCCUGCUGUAUAGUCCAAAACCACUGCACGAUGUCUCUGUGCACCAAAUAACAGCGAGAUGGCACCGUGUUGAAAAGUCCAAACAGUGUCUGUGAGUUAAAAUGGCCGCCAUCCAUUGUUCUCACCAUGUGCCUCUGAUACAGGAAAUGGUGGCCACCCAGUAACUCCACAGUAUGUCCCCAGAUGGUUCUUAAAGGGCCAGCAGCAGCACAACACAAAUCCAUUAUGCCCAAAUCAUGUCUUUAAAGGGUAAUACAUCCCAGGGGCCAUAGUCACAUGGCAGGAGGCUGGCAAUCAGUCUUCUCCAAUGCCCAGUGGCGAGGUCGGUUUCGCCACACUCACGUUAACCCUAUUAGCGUAGGACUAAGAUUUUGCAUUGACGUGGCAGGUGAACUUACACUUGAAUGGCCAUUGGAGUGAUACUAAAACCUCCAGCCACACUAUAUAUACACUGGAGAAGGAUAUGCCUCACAUUGGUCUGACAUUUGCCAGUUUUGCAGAACGUUUUGACACCCUAGCCAGUAACUGCCCUGCAUCAUUUCAGACAUAUUGACUUGUUUGGGUGAUAAAGCAGUGUGCCAUGCUCCCACAGACAUUGGAUAAGAACGUAAACACUGAAUGAAAUCCCUGCCAUAAUCAUUUCUAUGGAAACAGGAAUGAGGAAGUAUGUUUCAGAGGCCUAACAUCACCCCUGAUGGGUCAGAGUGUAAUAGCGCCUCGGAUGGGUCACAGUGUAAUAGCACAUGUGAUGUAGAUAGUUAUGGUGUUUUUAGUUAUCUCUUUAUUUGUUGUCCUGUGUUAUAGAGGAGAUUGAACUUGUGAGCUGUGGUGAAAGUAGAGUGUUAAUGAGAUACCCCAAAAAUACCCAUCAUGGAAGAAGGAUAAGGAAAGAUUGUGAUUUUACGCAGUAUGAUUGCAGUUUCUUUUCUUCAGGCAAAGGAGACCUUCAGCCACAGCUAGAUCAUGCUCUGCAGGAUGUCAAUGACAUGUACCUCCUGCUGGAAGAGACCGAGAAGCAAGCGGUGCGCAGGGCACUGAUAGAGGAACGCGGACGUUUCUGCACAUUUAUCGCAUUACUACAGCCUGUAGUGGUAAGGCACAAGGCACGGCGUUUGCACUAUGGAGCAGCAUGCUAGCAUGGCCGCUGGGACAGAAUUCAGUUACUAAACAUAGUAAUGGCUUUCUAAAUUAACUGAAAAAGAAAAUGCUUUGCAGCUUUCUGCAGUAUAACCCUGUACCUUUAGACACACUCCCUCUUUUAGCAAAAUAACCUACUAAUUACCAUAAUAACUUAAAUCACAAUGGAGUCGUUACAAUGUCUAUGUGCUGGUAGCUUUCUUACCUUCUGGGGUUAAAGGGACACUAUAAGCACCAAAACAAUUUUAUCUUAGCAAAGCAGUUUUGGUGUAUAGAUCAUGCCAAUGCAGUCUCACUGCUUAAUUCCCUGCCAUUUAAGAGUUAAAUCACUAUGGUUAUGCAUCUCUAGUCACGCCUCCCUACGUGUGACUUACACUGUAAAGUGAGAUCUAAUGUUUACAUUUCGGUAAAGGGCCAGUGACACAGGCCCUUUAGAGUUAAUGGCAGGUCAGCCUGGCGUUAAUGCAUGCCAGGCUGCCUGUCCAAGGCCGGCCCACUGACGUGCUCGUGCUAUGAAUGUUGGGGACAGUUUCCUGGUGUCUGCAAAAACUGGACACCGUGGGACUAAGGCAGGACAGGACACGAAAAUCGGGAUUGUCCUGCAGAAUUAGGGACAGUUAAGAAGCAUACAAAAGUGAUUUAACACCUAAAUGACAGAAUUGAGCUGUGAGUUUUCAGAGGCAUGAUCUAUGCACAAAAGUUACUUCUUUAAGCUAAAGCCGUUUUGGUUACUAUAUUGUCCCAUUAAACCGUUUUCUAACAAUUUAACCCCAAGAGUUCUCUUGACGGCGCCUCUCUGCCCUGCCCUACUGUCUCUGGCACAAAUCUUGAAUUUUUCCCCUUCAGCAUUAGACUUCUAAGUGCAUAUACCUUUCUAAGGCAUUUCUGUCAAUGGGCAGCCAGUGAUAGGUGGGGAGCAUCACAGAUGCCAGCAGAGGAGGCGGCAGAGAGGCUAAGUGGGUGGGUGCCAUCUAGAGGACAUUGGGGUUUCAGCCUCAUAGAGUAAGAUGGUUCCCAACACCUUCAGACACUAUAUAGGCUUAAUUGAAAUUAUCUUUUUUAUGGCCUGGAUUGAUCCUUUAACCCCUUAAGGACCAAACUUCUGUAAUAAAAGGGAAUCAUGACAUGUCACACAUGUCAUGUGUCCUUAAGGGGUUAAAGGGUUAAUAUAGGGCAGGUGUGGCCAAAGGUAGAUCCCUAGAUAUUGAAAAACUACACAUUCCAUGAUGCUUGAUUUCUCUUAAGGCCAGCCAGCCCUUUGUUUCUUCCCCUGUGCUGCAGAACGGAGAGAUCCACAUGCUGGGUGAGGUCACUCACCUCCAAGCGAUCAUUGAAGACCUAGUGGUGCAGACCGAUGAGCCUCACAAACUACCUGCAGCCAGCGAACAGGUUAGUGGUUUGACACUGCCGUAGAAAAUAAUUAGUGACUAGUAAUUAUUAUUACUUUUAAAGCAACAAAUUAAUCUGCAGCGCAGUUCAAUAGGUGGACUUCCAAAUAAGUUAAAUGAUAACAGUAUCUAAAGUGAAAUUCUCACUUUAUAAUGAACAAGGUGAAUGAAUAGUCCUUAUUGUGUACAUACUACUUUUAAUAAAAUGCCAUGUUUAACAUGAAUGUAACAAAUAUAAAUGUAUGAAACUAAGAGGAUGCACUCACCUGAACAUGCAUACUUAUAAGGAAGUCUAGCCCAACUCCUUGGCUUUGCCCCCCUCCCUGUCACAUGUGCCUCAUUCCAGGGCCCUAUUUAACCUUGCCCUGCAGAGAGUCCCAGGAGAAAGCAUUUCCCAAGUAAGUGGAUCAAUCUCAUAAAAGCAGGCAUUAGGCUGCUAGAGUAGGACCUGACAAUAAUGGGGUACAUUGACGUUGUGGCAGGCUUAUGCAGUAUAUGAUCAUAUAAUGUAACUAAACCCCCAUUAUUUGUUGCCUAAGUGAGGUGUUUUUUGAAUAAAACUAUUACAUUCUGUGAGACUUGAAAAUGCUGUGAAUGAGUGACUGCGCUGGAUCUUGUAUGAUAUAUAUAUAUAUAUAUAUAUAUAUAUAUAUACACACACACACAUACAUACAUAUAUAUAUAUAUAUAUAUAGUAUGUAACGGCUACCCAGGGUAGAGAGAGGUAUCUGCCGUUGGCGACGUCCUUCCUCCGGGCAAGAUGCUGGGCUGUAGUGGAGAAGUGAAGUCCCAUCCGCUGGAUCCUUGGAGCAAUAGAGAGGGUGAUUAAGCUGCAAAUUCCCUUUCAACAAUGAGACACAGCUACGUUUAGAAGGGUGAAGAAGAACUGACUCCAAUGAGCGUUUAUUCCUGCUUAUAUACAACUUUCCCAGCAAGGUUUCCACCCACAUGGACCUUGUGGGGCACUGGAACUGUAAAUUUAACAACCAAUAAAAUAAAGGCACAUGGAUAAGCACACCCACUUUUUACAAUGAGAAUCCUCCCCUCUGCUUGGGAGAUAAUCGAGUUAAUUACUGUAUCAACUCAAUUAUCUCCAAGCUAAAAAACAUACUUUUAUGCCAUUUCUUUUUUAACUUUGUGAGUUUACAUGUAAUCGCAAUAAAACUUAUAUUUUUAUAACCAGCAUAAUUUGGGGACAAACAUAUCCAAAAUUCACUUGAAUCGGUUAAGUGGUUCAGGAGAUAGGUGGAAGUCAUAUUUUGACCAAGGAGGGACAAAACAGCCAGUUCCAACUGGUGUGGCAGUGUCCCUGGGACACGCCCUGCUGGAGAACAAUGGGAAGAGACACACCUUCCCAUGGAUUCAAAGGGCAGAAAAAGUGUCCCAAAAGAUUCAAUAAGUCCAUACACUGUUUUUAAAGGGCCAGCAUUAGUCCAAAUAAAAGUCGAUAAGACCAAGUAAUGGUUUUAAAGUGCCAUACACCCCAGGGCCAUAGUCAAGUGGCAGGAGGCUGGCAAUCAGUCCUCUCCAAUGCCCAGUGGCGAGGGGCACCUCGUCACAAUAUAUAUAUGUUAAGACACCCCUGGCACAAAGGAGUGAAAUCGCCAUUUAGCUAAGCUUCCCCUUUCGCAAUAAUGCAAGCUCCAUUCGUAUAUACUUCCACCGUAUGAACUGCAACCAGGAAAAUGCGCCAAUCUCCCGAACGGGACCCAUACGGAUGCUCCAAACUCCUGAACAAUAAUCUACGAAUCGCUGCUAACAGCCGAUCAAAUAUAUCCUCCAGGCGGCUUACGGUUCCAGCAAUCAGUCGCUAACCGUGUGUAGUAAAUCCCCCCAAUAACGAUACCAAGCUCCGCAUUGAGGGUAAAACAAGAACUGGCUUUACUGUGGGCUACCCGCCUGUAUUUAUGCAGGUCUACCACUUGGUGGACACUCCCCUAGGGGACCAAAUGGUAGACUGUAAUGACAGAUUGACAUAUGGCACUUUCAGACAUCCAGGCACAAAAUAUUCCCAUAAUGCAUCCCGGUUUCCUCCCCUCUGCCCUGGAGAUAAUUGAGAAGUAAUUAAAUUAUCUCCAGGACAGAGGUAAAUGCCAUUUUAAGUAUGACACAAAAAACACAUGAAAAUAAAUAAUUACACAAGUACCGAACAUUUUCGUGCAACGUAUCCCCAGAUAGCCUGGAUCUGAGUGCAUAUUCUUAGCGAAUAGCGCUCAGUUCCCAUACGCACAGUUUAAUCGCCAUGGAGUCAAAGUCUUUUACAGUCUUUCAGUAUGCGAUUGACUCCAUGGGAUGGCUAUCUGGGUUAAGUCCCUUUGUGUAAUCCAAACUCCCGAACGGCCGGUGUUCGCAUGCCUUUGUCGACUGAGAAGGGCGGUCUGUGGUUUCAGCGGUGUUUGGCAGAAAAAGUGUCUGUUUUUAGUUCCAUAGAAUCUGCGCCGAACACCACUGGUCUUCCGCAUGGUUUAAAAUGGCCGCCACCUCGUGGUCGACAUACGAACGACUACCACCCUGCAUUAGGUUAUAAUUAAGAGGUGUCUGCGGUUAACCACAACGUUCUAAUUGGGAUCAAGAGGUUAACCAGCAGCACACUUCUCUUCUGGGUGGCCGUCUGUUCGGUAAGUUCAUUUGGUAAAAAGUCAAACAUACGAAUAGGGGUAUACGAACAGGCAAUUCCACGAAAGGAAGGCAAACUAUACGAACCAGCAAUAAUAGUUAUACAGAUGGGUCUGUCUAUAUAUAUAUAUAUAUAUAUAUAUACACAUACACACACACAGCCUAAUCCCUACAUAAUUAAAUUAUCUAAAUUAAUUAGUUAAUACUUGAAAUAUCACAAAUAUUCUGGAAUUUGUGAGCUUCUGUGAUGGAAGGGAAUAAAAUAGCCCAUGUUAUUGGUUUCUGCAGGUUAUCAAGGACCUGAAAGGAUCUGAUUACUCUUGGUCCUAUCAAACUCCCCCAUCUUCCCCCAGCACCUCAAGCUCUAGAAAAUCCAGCAUGUGCAGGUGAGUUUCUGAUACACUACACUACUCACAGAAUGACAGCCUGUCCAUAUGUUACACUGCUCACAGAAUGACAGAUAGCCGGUCCAUACGUUACACUACUCACAGAAUGACAGAUAACCAGUCCAUACGAUACACUGCUCACAGAAUGACAGAUAGCCAGUCCAUACGAUACACUGCUCACAGAAUGACAGAUAGCCAGUCCAUACGUUACACUGCUCACAGAAUGACAGAUAGCCAGUCCAUACGUUACACUGCUCACAGAAUGACAGAUAGCCAGUCCAUAAGUUACACUGCUCACAGAAUGACAGAUAGCCAGUCCAUACGUUACACUAUUCACAGAAUGACAGAUAGCCAGUCCAUACGUUACACUGCUCACAGAAUGACAGAUAGCCAGUCCAUACGUUACACUGCUCACAGAAUGACAGAUAGCCAGUCCAUACGUUACACUGCUCACAGAAUGACAGAUAGCCAGUCCAUACGUUACACUGCUCACAGAAUGACAGAUAGCCAGUCCAUACGUUACACUGCUCACAGAAUGACAGAUAACCAGUCCAUACGAUACACUACUCACAGAAUGACAGAUAACCAGUCCAUACGAUACACUACUCACAGAAUGACAGCCGGUCCAUAUGUUACACUACUCAGAGAAUGACAGAUAGCCAGUCCAUACGAUACACUGCUCAGAGAAUGACAGAUAGCCAGUCCAUACGAUACACUGCUUAAUAUAUAUUGAAGCCUGAGAUAAAUCUGCAGCAUGAGUCACUGUGUAAUGAGCACCUACCUCACACAUUCCUCAAUGUGGCACACCAUGUCAACCCCAUUAACACGUUCCUUGUCAAUACUCUGAUCCCUUCACUCCUGUACCUUACCCUCCCAUUCAUCACAGUACAAAGACUGCCCCCUCGUGGCAAGCUGCCUCGCAGCCUCACUCACCGGGUUCCGCGUGUCGCUAUCGCAGCCUCCCGCAGCCCACCGGGGGCCCACAGCGCUUAAUAAGUGUGUCCUCCCAUGACUCUGGGUGCAGCUCACAUGAAGCCAGUUACUCGAAGCCUCCGUCACCAAUGCCAUCGGACAUCACCAGUCAGGUAAAUACACAUCUCAUAUCUUCUUUUCCAAAUACUUGCAAUGUUUACCCUGUGCUGAUUAAACAAUGAGAACAUGCAUUAAUGUCGGUUUAUAAAGGUUUGAAGUCCAUUUACUGAAAAGUGCAAAGAAUUCCAUUCUUAACAUUGGCUUUUCCAUUAACAUGUUUUGAAAUCAUAGUUCCUAACUUCCUUUCUCAGUAUUCUGUGUCACAAGAGAUCCCUUUCCUUCCCUCAGAAAUCAUCCAGUUCUGCAUCCUCAGAAGCUUCAGAGACAUGUCAGUCUGUCAGUGAGUGCAGCUCCCCCACUUCGGUUAGUAAGCCAUCUAUUGUCACUCUCUAGAUGCUGCAUUAUGGAGCAACACAUGCACUAAUCUAGAGAUUUUCAUUUUAUCUACCACAACAAAUCAUUUUCUUUUAACAAUAGCUCAUACAGUUGCUAGAGCACAGAGUAAAUGUAUCAGACCAUCUGUGCAACUAGUGCCCUUUAUUUAAAUGAUUCUCCAAAGCAACUUUAGCUUAAUGAAGCAAUUUUGGUGUAUACAUUAUGCCUCUGCAGUCUCACUGCGCUUUCAUUUUCAGUUAGAUGUAACUUACUUCAUGCUCUGUAAAUUGAACUUCCAUACAGGAGGCACCUGCAGGGUCUAGCAAGCUAUUAACAGAGCAGGAGAUAAGACAUUCUUAAUUAAACAGACUGCAUAAUAAAGGAAGUAUAAACAUUAUAUCUAUCUUUACAGGAAGGGUUUAGGAAGGCUGUGUAACACACAUGCAGGGAGGUGUAGCCAGGGCUGCAUAAACAAAGUUAUUUAACUCCUAAAUGGCAGAGAAUUGAGCAAAGUAACUGCUUCAUUAAGCUAAACUUGUUUUAGUGCCUAUAUUGUCCCUUUAAGUUAGUUUUAGAUACAAUCGCUCGUCUCUUUUAUUGCAAGUACUAGUCUUCAAAAAUAUCCUAUUUAACAUGGUAAACAUUUUGAAAAAAUUUGUUUGCCUUUGAUGGUGCGGGCAUCAUAUUGGCGGUAAACGAUUAUCACUUCAUUUAUAAUGUAGUUGUGAGAUAAAUGCAGCUCUAACAAGUAGAUUUACUAAGGGGUGCAAAUAGUCAUAGUUUUAGUAUAUCACUAUAUUCAAUGCAAAGAACAUCCAGUCACAACUAUGCUAUGCAAAACACAGUGCAAGCUUUAUUACAAAUUACAAUUAUUUAUAUAGCAACAUAAUCUGCAACACUGUACGACAGGUAAACAAGACAAAACACAAACGCUAACAAAACAUGAUUGACAUACUAGAAGCAGUAGGUGUUUACAAUUGCGCCCAUUUUGCUAUGAUAAAUAAUGCACUCUCUUUCUACCCAUUGUUUUCGGCUACUUAUAUAAAAUGUGCCUGGCAUAGGACUGGUCUCGCUCAGGGCCAUAUGAAACCCCACCACCCAGUUCACUGCAGCGCAGGAAAGAUCGAGUGGAACAUUUGCGGGAGGCAGAGCUCGGUCCAGGCUAUCAAAGUUUGGAGGACCCAUACCGACCACGCAUGUCCCCUGCGGUCAUUGCUGCUAAGGUGUGCAUGUACCCAUUCAAAUACACACACUCUGAUGAAAGGAAAGGCUUUCAUUAAGAAACUAAGCAGAACAUACACAAUAAUCCACUGUACAGAACAGAGUAAAGAAUAUCUAAAUAUAUAGUGAGAUUUUACCAUGUGGAAGAGUUGGAAAGUGGAAAUGUUAAAGACAACAAUAGGAGAUACGAUGAAUGAGUAUACUGGUUUGAUCACACAUUACACAUGUCAAUAUCAUGUCAUAAGCUAAAGUAAUAGUACAGCUUGCUAAACAUCAUCCUAGCAGUUAAUUUGACAUUUCACACAGCAAUUUAAAUAAAGAUGAUAAUGUCGUAAAUUGUAAAUGCAAUAUUUAGGGUUUAAAAACACUUAAAGGGACUCUCCAGGCACCAAUACUACUUUAAUGCAUUCAAUGCGUUUUGGCCUAAUUAAUAUGCUGUAUUGUUUGCAUGCUCAUAUCUUUAUAGUUUUUGCAUUAAAAAAUAACUGUUUUGCACAAUAAGCAUGCCUCUUUAGCCACGCCCCUCACUAAAGAAAAAUACUUAAACUAUCACAGCUCAGUCAGUGACAGUACUGAAUGAUACUGAAUGAUCUGAACAAAACAAGCUGCAUUAGAUGGAGAGAACACCCAGGGAGGCAUAGUGUAAGGAUAUCGCCACCUGUUUAUAGAUUCUCUUUAUAGAUUCUCUGACUGUUCAUAGGAAAGCAUUUCUCAAUGCUUUCCUUUGGACGGCAGCAUCUUCUCACUGUGAAAAUCACAGUGAGAAGCACGGAAGCGCCUCUAGCGGCUGUCAAUGAGACAGCCACUAGAGGCUGGAUUAACCCAUAUGUAAACAUAGCAGUUUCUCUGAAACUGCUAUGUUUACAGUUGCAGGGUUAACCCUAAACGGACCUGGCACCCAGACCACUUCAUUGAGCUGAAGUGGUCUGGGUGCCGAUAGUUGUCCUUUAAGGAAGUAUUUCUGGCAUGAGGGGGUGUGGCUAAAGAGGCAGGCUUAUGGGGCAGCAUUCAGCAAAAAACUUUUUUUGUGUGCAAAAACUAUAGAGAAUUGAGCAUGCAAAAAAAAAGACAGCAUAUUAAUGAGGCCAAAAUCUGUCAAAUGCAUUAGACAUGCUUUGGUGCCCGGUGUGUCCCUUUAAAUAAGCUUUGAUCAGAAAGUAUAGGGUAUCUGUAUGUACCUGGUGCUGCUUGUCAAACACUGCCCAACUCUCUCUGGUCAAAGUUAUAUCAAAUAAAUAAAGAAAAAACAUACUACGUAUAGGCAACAUGGAGGGUUAUUUACUAAAGUAAGAAUUCUAACUGAAUUUAAGGCUGAAUUAGAGAAUGUAUCUUUCACCAUAUAUCUUAAAUGGACUUUGAAUUCUCCCUUUAGUGAAUAACCCUGAGAGAACAUGGAUUUAGUGAUACCACAUGGAGCUGCCAGUUAGAGAAAUGUAAAGAACUGAACAUGCUGUGCAGCGCAAUGUGUAGUGUGAAAUAGUGUCUGCUGCUGAUAUCCAUUCACUGUAAUCUUCAGAGGAAAAUGCGGUGUCACUUGUAACAUACAUGAAUCUGUCUUGGCAGCAUGGAGAAGAGGUGUCACCUGCAGCCAGCGACCUGGCUAUGGUCCUGACACGCGGUUUGAGUUUAGAGCAUCAGAAGAGCAGCCGUGAUUCCUUGCAAUACUCCAGUGGUUACAGCACACAGACCACCACCCCCUCCUGCUCAGAGGACACCAUCCCAUCUCAAGGUACAACAGCCAUUGUAUAUAUUCAUGACUUUAUAUGAUCAUAUGAGAAGUGCAAGAGUGGAAAAAUGUUGGUUUACUAUAUAUAAUACUGCACAUCCAGUUAUGGCCUUCCUCUAAGGGCAGGUCUAUAUAAAAGACCAUUCCAGAGCAAGGUUCUAAAACAAUCAUCAUGGAAACCAAUGGAAUGUUCCUGCUGAUUGUAUCAGCUGUAGAGCAAUCACCAUGGAAACCAAUGGAAUGUUCCUGCUGAUUGCUCUACAGCUGAAACAAUCACCAUGGAAACCAAGCCCAUUUUUAAUUACCUCCCUGUGACUAAUAAUGCUCUCAUCUGCAUUUUAGCGCCAAAAAACAUUUUAUUGAUUUAUUAUUAAACUGUUUUUACUGCAUCCUUUCCUAGGGUCAGACUACGACUGUUACUCAGUAAAUGGUGACACGGAGGCCGAUGGUUCAGGAGACUUUGAUAGAUCUUCCACUGUCCCGAGAAGCAGCAGCCUAGCUCAGAACUACCGCCGGAUGCUUCAAACCAAGCGCCCAGCUUCAACAGCAGGUCUGCCUUGUCCAUCUGGCUCUGCUCCUCCACCUCCACAGACUGGCUCCACUCCUGGGGUAGCAACGAUCAGGCGUACCCCUUCCACCAAACCCACUGUCAGGCGCACGCUGUCCAAUGCUGGACCUAUACCAUGCCGCCCUCCAAUAGUGCCAGUGAGGACCCCUACAGUGCCAGACUCUCCAGGAGGAGGACUUGGGGGACGGUCUCGUGUGGGGAGUGAAGAAUGUGUCUUCUACCUUGGAGGGGAAGAUGGAAGUCCCCUGGACUAUGCAAAGUCAUCUCCAAAACGGCUAAGUCUACCCAAUGCAGCAUGGGGAGGCACUGGAGAGAUGUCUGUGUAUGGUGGGGGAGGGGGAGAUGAAGAAGACAUGGGAGGGGGGCUGCUGGCUGCUAACAGGCACAGUCUCGUGGAGAAGAUUGGAGAAUUGGUCGCAGGAGCACAUGCUCUGGGAGAUGGUCAGUUCCCCUUUCCUUCAGCUCCAGAUCGCAGUCAAGGCCCCACCACAGCAGCAGGGGAAGCCACAUCUGAACCCCCCGAAGGGGAUAUGCUGGCAUCCAUACGUAGAGGGGUGCGCUUACGCCGGACCCUCACUAAUGACCGCUCUGCACCCCGUAUCUUGUGAUUUGGGUUUGUGGGGUUGGUAAUAGGAUUAAGGAUUGGUGCUCUGAGGAGAGGGGAGUGACACAUACUGUGAUAGGGAAGUGCAGCCCGAGAACCAGGAGUGAUUAACCCUUUUCUAUGCAGGUGUAUCCAGAGGUAGCAUGGCUAGGUUUUUGUUUAAGUAUGGCAUCUGAUCAAACUGUUUAACUUAUUCCAUGCUGGAAACAUGUCAUGCAGCAGGCCACAUCAACUGCGAAGAAACUGUACAACCCAUUUCCCACAGGGUUUAUUACCUAACAUGCCAGAGUGCAGAUUGGAAAUCAAUCUCCCAUUUUAGGUCUGAAUAACAGAGUUUUUUAUAGCUUGGGUAUUUUAGCCUACAAUAUGCAAUUCCUGGUUAUAAAACAACCCAAUGCAUUUGUAUUAAGUAAUUUCUGGCAGAGGUAAUCCUUGGACAAAUUCCAAAAAAGUUAAAAUGAUAUCUUCUUGUUUACUACAGGUGUGUGCGAACAGAGACAAAUCCCAACAAAUUAAACAAGUUAGUGAUUUCAUGCAACAAAACAGACACAGCAAUGCAUCUGGGAAGGUAAAAUAAGACUACUUGAGUUAUACAAGACUGCUGAAGUUGUACUUAGAGGGAGAUUUAUACACAUCUAUAGAAUUACAAGUUGAAAUUUAACUCUGUCUGAGCCUGCACAAAAAAUUUGGCAAUUUAGACACAUGUAGUGACCAAAUUAGAAAGAUUUAAACGCCAAUACUCACAGUACACCAGGCCACCAACACGCUUCAGGCUCUGAAAUAAAGACCAGAGUAAGACAGUCAGACAUUUUCCCCUCCAUCUUACAUGGAAUAGCAGAAUUAAUGUGCAAAUAUUAAUUGUACCCCUCUUUACCAUUAAUAAAAAAAAAAUAAAAAAAAACACUCACUCCUUGUAUACCAAGAGCAAGCAGACACUGCUAGACUAGACAAUAAAUUUGCAUGCUGUAGCUUUUCCUUGUCACAUACUUCUCUGGUCUUUUAACAUUGCCAUAGUUUUAUACUGACUGCACCACUGAAUGAUCAUAUUUUAAAAUUAAAAAAAAUGAAAAUUACAACAAAAAAAGUAACAUCCUAAAAAGGCUGUUUUGUUGCAUGAAGUUGUAUUUGGGAUACGUUUGCAGGACACACCAAAAUGGAUACACCUCACGCAGAUUGUUUGCCCAAACACAGUGCAUUUCACUACCUGCGGGCAUAGGGGCUGUUCAUGAAAAAACCUAACCACAGCACCAUUAGCAGAAAUACAGGGGUUUGCUUUGAAGGAGUCACUUGUAAUUCGAAAUGGAAAGGAAGGAAAAAACAACUUUUUUUUGUUAAGAAAAACCUUAGAGCUUGAAUGUUUUAAGUUAGCAAAACUGUUUCUUUACACUGUGAUUUAGGAAGUAACCCAUGGUCUUAUACUUGAGAUGGCAUGAAAUAUUAUACAGUUUGCCCCGUGCCAAAGCUGACAAGGGCACCGCUAGUGCCAAAUUAAGGCAGCUGCAAUAUUUCAUGACUUAUAGACUGCUUGCUACAGAGAUGCCCCCCAUGUGUCUAAAUACUCCAUUCAAUAGGAGGCAUUGAAAACCCACACAGGAAGGGUAAAGACUGGUGUAAACCCUGUGUACAGAAUAGACAACCCUACCAUGACACAGCUGACAUCGAAGGAGUGAAGGAGAGAGCAGUAGCUAUAAGAUGCCUUUUUUCAUCACUGAGGCCUCCUCCUUUCCCAUCCCAUGUUCACUGUGUCUCUCCCCUUUACAUGUGCUGCUGAGCAGACUUGCACUCAGUACGCUGUGCCAAGACUUUGUGCAUCCAUCUUAUGAAGUGAGAAUGCAAUAAAGGUGGCGAGAGGACACAGCACAAUUAAUUACCUCCUUAAUGGAGCUUUACGGGAAGAAAAUGCAUUGUCGAAUUCCGGGGCAGGAAUUUAAACAACCCACCCGGCCACAUCCUUAUUGGAAUACCUGCUGCAAAAACACAGGCAGGUGCAAGUGUAGAUCUAAGGAGCACAGACUGGAAUUGACAAAAAAAAAGCUCUAUUUGCAUUAAAAAGCCCCAUGUAGAGGGGAGUUUAUAGUUGUUAAGAGGUGUAAGUUCAAUAACUAGCGUUAAAAAUAGCGGAUAAGUUGUUUACAUUUUGUAUUCCUACAUAUAGCUCUUCGAGACAUGUAUGGAAUUAGGUCUAACCAGAGAGAGAGAGAGAGAGAGAAUAUUUUAAUCUAGCUGCUGGCUGAGCCAAUGGCACCCACAUAAAGGCAAAUAGAAAAGCAGAGAUGUGUAGUUUCUGUACCUACACAAUCCACCUGCUGGUCAGGUGCAGAACUGCAGUGUACCAGCCAUUGGAGAAAUAUAGGAACGUCAGUAGUAUUAAAUGAAUACAUUUCCUUUGGAAAAUAUUUACACUUUAUUAAUUAUGCAGUAAAAUUGUAGCAUUUGAAGAGGGAAAUAUCUCUUUAUAUAAAAUGUUUAACAUUUGCCUAUGCUGGGAAACAAUUAACAGAUUGUUCUAUAUUCCCUAAACUGCAUGCAAUCAGAAUAUCAGCUGGACGUAUUUGAUUAGGUGCAUCGAUUAUAGAGCAUGAUAGGGAGAUCACAAAGGCAGUAACCAGCAGAUGAUAUAGGUCAAGGUUCUGUUAAUACCAAUUUCCAAGGGAGCCAGCUGUAGUGCGUAUGAUUCAGAAAGGAAUUAAUGGGAUUAUUCACUAAAUAAAGAAUUCUACUGAAUUGAACAUAAUGCAACAUUAAGGCCAAAAUGUUUCCAAAUCAAUCCUGAUGGCACAACAGUCCAGGAUUUUGGCAUUUUCCAAUUCCAUAUCAAAAAGGACACUGGUAAAUAGCUGUGCUGCUGCCCUAAGGCUGGAUUUGGGAACCAUUAAUCUAAGAAGCCCUAGGAAAUAAAGGUGCAGCUAAACAAAGGUGGCCGUAGUGCAGGGCUUGUAUCAGCUGAAGGAAAGAUGUGUUCUUUAUGGUCAUUCGUUAAAAAGAAAAAAAAAAAGUUCAGCAAUUAUCCAGGAUGUUACACUGGAAGCUGCCAUUUUCUUAAGAAGCUCUCAAAGUCUUAUAGUAGCCAGGUGCAUAAGAAGUGUUCAGAAUAAAAAAAAAAAAAGAACGUCCAAAGCAGUACACCUCUACACAUAUAAAACUGCAAACUAUUCAGUCAGAAGCUCACAGGUUACUUUAUCAUUGCACCUUGUUAGAUCACGGCUUCCAAGCUCAGUUUCACCCAUUCAGGACAAGAUAGUGGUAGAAAGUGUUAUUAUAGGGAUUAUAUGGAUGAGGAGGUGAGAGGAGCAGAAUCUUAUUUUCUAUGCACCUGCAUGUGAGUAAACCCCUAAAGGAAGGUUGUGGUAGACGGUAAGGUUUGGGUAGUGACAGGAGUGAGGUUGCGAUGACAUAGUAAGUGACUAAGGAUCUAGUCCUGCUCACAGAUGUAAGGCAGUUCAGGAGGAAUCUACAGCUGUGCUCAGGGCCCAGUUCAGCCCUCCUUCAACUUGGGACCCAGUACAGCCCUGCGAGGCUGGUACAGCCCUGCUCUAGCUUGGAGCCCGGUACUGCUCUGCUCCCAGUCAAGGACAGUCCAAUAUUCUGUGUUUGACAUGUCAGAUCUGUUGCUCAUGGCCAUCAAACUUAUUUGCAGUGGGUUUUAGAUCAGGAGGAAUUCAUACCUGUAGGGAGUUUCACAGAACUGAGGAGAAAUACUGCUAGAUAAUUAUAAAACCUGCUGACCGGCUUAUAAACAUGUUCACACAACAUGCAGUUGUAUAGCAAGUGUAAGGCGUUAGGUAAAUUACCAACGAACAAGCAGCUUUUUGCAGAAUUCUAGAGUUCAGAUAGUUUUGUGUCAGGAACAAAAUACAAACUGACAAAGAAAUCAGCCAACAGCAGUGAGACUAAUAGUAAAGCUGUUUAUACAAACUACUGAAUAAUUUCCUUAAUAUAAAAGGACAAGAAUACUACGUAUCCAGCAUUAAUGUAGCUUUCGCGAGGUCCGUUGCCUAUUUAGUUUAGGUGGGAAGGAAUACAGUUUGACCAUGCCACCCAAACAGAAUAUUUGCCAAAAUGAAAUCAGAGCAGUGGUCCUAUAUAUAGAACUAUAUUGUAAACGUAGAUUAAACUUUUUAAUAAACCCUACAUACACUAUUUGUAGGGCUUGACAUGUACCCAUGGAAGCAAAGCAGGGUUCAGAUCCAAAAAGGCCCAGUUUGGGGUUUUAUACUGGACUAAUAGGUCAGGAAAAGACUCAUGUACAUUCACCUGUAUUUACGCAGAGGGACACCCUAAGGACUUGAAUUACUGUGGGGGGGUCCUAAUGGCUGGCUUUAAGGCCUAAAUGACCUAUGUCACACAGAAACUGUGGGUUUGCAAGCUAAAGCACAAUACACUGUCCCUCCUCACCUUGUAGUGUAACUGACAUAUUUCACCUUCUUUUCUAUUCAACCUCUUUAGAGGAAAAUAACCUUGACUUAUUCCCUCUUUCGAGAUCUCCCUGUGUGUGUGUGUGUCCCAAAACACAAAGCACUGUUGUUAAUGUACAGAAAACCACACUUUACACUGGAUGUGUGUCUGCAUUCGUACGCGUCCCGUCACAUCAUCCCUAUAAACGUUAACCUUUUUUGCUGCUGGUGCACACAGCAGAAUACGCUGUUUGCUUAUCCCCGCCCUCCCACCCCACCCCAUUUUGUACAAAUGUUAAAAAACAAAUGAAAAAGAAAAAAAGGAGAAAAAAAAACACCAAUACCAUAAAUCGAAAAUUGACGUCUUAAUGUGUCUUUCAAUUGUGCUGAAUUUUUCUGCUCUCGUUGUUAACAGUUUUAUAAUUUUUUUUUAUAAAUUAUUUUAAGUUGCUCUCCUACUUCCUCUACUCACUUUUUUUUUUUUUUUAAAGAAACAAAAACUGAAAUUCAACUUCAAAUUUUCUUUUUUCUAUUCAUUCCUCUUUUGUCGCUCAGAGUAGCGUUUGGUAACUCCGCACUGUGACGAUCCAGUAUUAAUAAACCUUGUACUGUAUAACUCUCCUUGUGUGGCCUUUCUGUGGAGUGCUACUUGUUACACUGCACGCUCAAGGCUCAUAUAUCAGUCCAAAUGUUGCUCUUUUCAGGUCUAGGAUAAAUUCCAACAUUUUAUAGGGGAACUAUGCUUUUUUUUCCUUUACAUUAUGCUAAAUAAAAAGCUUGGAAAAGUAUUUUAAAGUAAAAUUGUUGCUUCUGCAAUUCAACUAGUUUUGCUUUUAUAGAACAAUUGUAGAUUAUGCUAGCAUAGUGUACCUAUGAUCUUAAUUUUAGUAAUGACAGGAAGCGAAUAUUUUGCAUAACAAACUUUACUGAAAUCUUUAGCGGCACAGAUCAUAAAACAGAAACCAAUCAGAAAAAGAAAACUGUGACAUAAAAUGCGCUGACAUCCCUCCUUUCUUUGUAG